ACUGCGCCAGUGUAAAUAUCACAUCAACCUACCAAACCAAAUAAAAACCAAAAAUGAACGCCAUCAUGAAAAUCACAUUAGCCGCCGUUGCAGUUUUCGCGUCCGCCAUGAUGACCGCUUCUGCCAAACCAACUGAACUCGUGCCCGCCGCCGCCAUCGCUCCAGUGGCCGUUGCUACGCCAUACGCUAGCUCGUUCACGUCACACAGCGUGGCCCACAGCGUAGCCACCCCGGUCGUACCGGCCGCUCCGUACGUGGCCGCCGCUCCAUACGCCGCGGCACCAUACGUCGCCGCGGCUCCUUACGUGGCCUCUCCUUACGCCGCGUCGCCAUACGGGGCCUCUCCUUACGGUUACUACCCGUACGCCGCUCCAGCUUACCAGCUUACCCCUAUAGCCUAUAUAUAUAAGUUAUAUAAAAUUAAAACAUGACACUUUUCUUCUGGG